CCUUCCCGGUUGGAGAGGCAGCGAGGGAUGCAGCAGCGAUGGAACCCGGCUUCCUUUUUUAAAAGAAUCAGCGUGAGGGAAGGGAGCAGCGCUGCGUUAUUUUAGGGAGGCCUUGUCGCACUCCCCCUCCCGCGUGUAGGUAGCGUCUGGGAUGUGUGCGGGCCCCAUGGAGAGACGCUGGCGGUGGCUGCGGUGGCAGCUGGGGCUCCUACCGCGCCUGCAGCCGUUAGUAACCCGACCCCGCCGGCGCGGGGAUUGAAGACGCGCAGGGGAGAGCGGCGAGCUGCGAACAAAAGCCCUCCGCGCGGGGCCGGAGCCCGGAACGUGUGAGACUCCACAAAAGGACAGGGCUCAGCCAUGGUGGACCCUGUGCCGGAAGAGGAGAAGGAGGGAGCCGAGCCUGAAGGUUCAGGAGGGGACGGCGCUGCCGCGUCCGUGCCCCCUGACGCCCAGGGCGCCCAGCAGCCCGCCGCCUCCUCGGCCUCGGCCUCCGCGGCGGCGCCCCGCAAGGCUGAAGUCCCGAGCGUAGCGGAAGAAGGCGGGCGGCGGGAGCAGUCUCCACUGCUGCAUCUCGACCUCUUCAACUUCGACUGUCCGGAGGCCGAGGGCAGCCGCUACGUGCUGACCAGCCCUCGCUCGCUGGAGGCCUGCGCUCGCUGCGCCGUCAAGCCAGUGGAGCUGCUGCCAAGGGCCCUGGCCGACCUGGUGCGCGAGGCCCCGGGCCGCUCCAUGAGAGUGGCCACCGGCCUGUACGAGGCCUACGAAGCGGAGCGACGCGCCAAGCUGCAGCAGUGCCGGGCCGAGCGCGAGCGCAUCGUGCGCGAGGAGAAACGGCGCCUCUUCACGCCACUGGGCCAGGCGGCCGCCGCCGCCUCGGGCGCCAGCGCGGGCGGCAGCAGCAGCAGCUGCAGCAGCGCCAGCCUCCCGGCCUCGCCCGCGCCGCGUGCCGCCCGCAAGGCCUCCUCCAGCCCGUCCCCUGCUCGGACGCAACCUCCGCCCGCGGGUUCGCGGGCAGGUAGGAAGAGCCACUCGCUAGACUCGCUGUCCCGACGGCGCGAGGGCGCCCUCAGCUCCGAGUCCGGCGCGUCGUCGUCGUCCUACAGCGGGGAGAGCCUGCGGGAGCUGCGCUGGCCUCCGCGGGCCUCGGCCAGGAACAGCUGCCCAGCGGGCUCCGCGUCCUCCGCCCCCAAUCCUCUGGGCCGCCCAUCUGCCCUGGCCCUGGUGCCGCUCACCGGCCGCAGCUUCAGCCUGGGCGACCUGAGCCACUCGCCGCAGACGGCUCAGCACGUGGAGCGCAUAGUGCGCCAAGUGCGCGCCGAGCGGGGCCUGCGGGGAGUGCCGGAGCGCGACCGCAAGAUCGCGGCGCUGAUGCUGGCGCGCCACCAGGAGGAGCGCCUGCUGCUGGAGCAGCGCGCCGCGGCCCACGGCCAAUGGGAGCAGCAGCGCGUGCGCGCCGAGCAGCGGCGGGAACGCGAGGAGCGGGAGAAGCAGCGCGCGCUGGAGCAGGGCCGCCGGGCCUGGGCGGCGCAGGUGGAGGAGCGGCGCGGCCGCCGGGGGCGCGAGGAGCUCGAGGCGGCGCGACGACGGCAGCGGCAGUGCGAGCGCAGCGAGGAGCGGCGGCGGGAGCUGGCGGAGCGCCAGGGCCUGCUGCGGCGGGAGCGGGCAGAGCGCGCGGCCCGGGAGGAUAGGCUGCGCAAGCUGCAGCAGGAACAGAACCUGAAGCAGCGGGAGGAGGGCCUGCAGGAAGGGCGCGAGCGGGCCGAACAGGCCCGCCGGGAGCGCGCCCAGCGCGCGGCCCGCACCAAGCAGCGGCAGGAGGGCCAGCUGCAGCGGGAGAAGCGGGAGCUGAGCCGGGCCGAGCGGGCGCGCCACGAGGCGCUGCUGCAAGGCCGGGUCCGGCAGGAGCGCGCGGAGCGAGAGGGCCUGCGGAGCUCGCUGGAGGCCAGCUUGGGCCGCGCGCAGGAGAACUACGAGCAGCUGGUGGAGCAGCGCGCCCGCGAGCUGCGGGAGCGGGCCCGGCGGGAGGAGCUGCAGGGCCGGCGGGCCAAGGAGACGGCCGAGCGCAAAGAGCGCGAGCACCAGGCGCACCUGGAGGCGCUGGCCCGGGCCGGAGAGCGGCGGCUGCAACACGCGGCGCAGGCGGCCGAGGAAGCGGUGCAGCAGAAGGCGCGGCGUGUGGGCCAGAGUCGGUUGGAAAAGGAGCGGGCCCAGCGCGCCAAUAAGGAGAAGGUGGAGAGGGACGAAGACUGCCGCCGGCGGGAGCUACUGCAGGCCAUCGGGCGCAAGCUGGAGCGCAGCGAGCAGCUGUCUCGGGAGCGGAGGAGCGCGCUGGAGAGCGCCCGCUCCACAGCCCGGGCCUCCUUCCACGUGCGGGAGAAGGUGCGCGAGGAAACCAACACGCGCUCCUUUGACCGCAUGGUGCGGGAAGCCCAGCUGCACGCCAACCUGGACCGCAAAUGACCGCCACCCCUGGCUGGCCAGCCUGCCACGCUCAGCCCUGGGCGGCCUCCCUUGGCCUUUAUGACCAGACCGUGGAAGUCCCCCGUCGGGGCUCAGCACAGUGGCCUCGCCAGGCUUCCGAUCAGAGAGGCGUUGAGAGGACAGAUAGGAGACCUGACAGCCCCACCGCCUUUUUAAAAACGGACUUUGUUUGGAAAUGACAGAGCACAAUCUUUGACCACAUCCACCCUUGGUGGCUCCCGCAGCUACCCUUGCCAAGCUUCCCCAUGUGUCUUUGGGAUUGGAAUAGAAAAAGAGUUGGGGAGAAAGAGGCUGGGUCGGGCCUGCAGGGAGGGCCCCCCUGGGAGUGACCGCCCCUUCUGCAGCAGUGAGCCCAGGCACCUGUCGCACAUUGGUGUCUGAGGUGACAGCGGAGGAGGCAUCCCCUCGGCUCGCCUUCAUCUUUUUAAAUCUGGCAAGUUGCACAAAGCGUGGAGGCCACGCAGAAAAGCACAGCUCUUCCAGCGUGUUAGGCCACACCAAGUGACCCCAAAAGCAAUGGGUUCUUUGUAUGCUUGACUUUUAAUCUGCCACUUGAGCAAACUCUGAUCUUAGUUCUGAUAGAUUUUUGGUUGAUUCCCCUCGGCUUUCUAGUUAGACAAUCAUCUGCAAAUUUAUGAUUCAUUUGUGUCUUCUUUUCUCUCUCUCUCUCUCUCUUCUUAUUCUUCCAAGGGACACAAGAAAUGUGUUGUUGGUUGGCUUGGUGACGCUGUUUUGGCUUUAGUGGAAGCCCCCAGCCCCGGGGGAGAUGAGUUCCCUAGGCAGCAGUGUUCCACCAAAUGAUUCUUUCUUGCAGGGUAGUUUCAGGGGAGGCAGCGGUCUGACGCCCACCUCCCAACGUGGAUGUGAGCCCAUUCCUCGAAAGACAGCGGCCAUGCCUUAAGAAGCAGAGCUACCUUAUGUGCCUGCCCAGGCCAAUCCUGCCUCAAUCUCCAGCCCUGGAUGCAGCCCCGAGGGUGGGCGCAGCGAGUCUGGAGCUAGGAUUUCCUCUGCGGAAGAAUCCUCACAGCUGCUCAGAGGGUGAUCUCCUGGGGUGGCUGGGAUCCUGCCGCUUUGCUGUUGAGAGUUGUGUUUGCUAUUGUUGGUGGUAUGUUUCCCCCUCGUCCUCCCCCACAGAAGAAAAAGAGAAUGUCCCCCUCACCCCCCCCCCCCUUAAGUUCCUGGUUCUCUCUCACUUGUGACUUAAAGUGUUUAAUCAGUCUCUCCGUGCCUCACCUUUCCCAUUGGCCAGAUGGGGCCAUCAGUACUCUUUUCCAGGUACCUCAAGGUCUUCCGGAUCCAAAGCACCGCCUCAGUAUUAUUUGUUGGUCUUCUUUGUGCCUUUCUUGACCUGGAGUAGGGAGGCAGGAGGGCUGCUGUUGGCCUAGCUGGUUUCUGGGAAUAUGGAUUCCUGGUGUUGGAGGGGGCCGGGCGUGUCAGGACAGAUGAUCAUUUAGCUUCUGGGGGAAAAUACUUGCAAGUCUAACAAAUUCCCAUUCAGUUGUCUUCAGGCUACUUUAACCCUUAGAGUGCUUCCUUUCCAUGAAGCCGAAAUCAGCCGCCGGCCAUAUCUACCCAUUGACUCUUGCCUUCAUCACAGAAAACAUUACUUUUUUCAUUAAAUCGGGACCAGGAAAUAAAAGUUACCAAAAAACCAAAAACAAACAAAAGCAAGAAUCAGGGUAGAGAACUACUAUAUUGGACAUAUUUCAUGUAUAUUCUGCUGCGCAGAAUUGUCCCUAAAAUGUCUGAUAUUACACACACACAUAUACACACACUCCGUCUGUACCCCACCCCACCCCCAACUGCAUGCCAGCAGAUACGAAAGCAUUGUGUAGAAGGGAGCAGUAUUUGCGUGUUACACUUCAGGUGUAACACCGGGAAGAGAGCUGUGCCAAGGUUUAUUUCUGGAAGGGGUGGAUUUUUCCCUCAAAUUUUCUUGUCAGUAACCAGGUUAUCAGUAGCUAGCUAUAACAAUUGGCAUUGUCUGUGAGUCAGGGGCAUUUAAAGGGUUAACUGGAUACUUACUGGUUCUUACCUUGUGGCCCCUGAUUUCCUAGAGAGGCUUUGAAACCUUAAUAGAAAGUUCCACCUAAAACUCCUUUCUUCUCAAGUAUGUACAUUCACUCGAGAAGGACACAGUCUGGUUUUGUGGAUGAGACACUGAAAGGUACACAGGCGAUCUUACCUCGCCCGUUGUUCAGUUUGUUUUCCGACUUACUGAGUGACUUUGGGUAGAUCAUCUCUCUGUGCCUUGGUUUCCCCACCUGUGGAGAGGGGGUCGUGUCUUUGGCCCUCCUCAGCACUGUGAAGAUGAAUCAGAGUCAAAGCGGUCUCUCAGUUCAAUGACUUUGGAAGUGCAGGUGCAAUUGCCAUAAACAGAAAGGAUCCUCUGACUGUACCGUGCCCAGAGAGUACAAUGUACUGUUGCGAUCUGGGGCAGAAAAGAAUGGUCUCAAAAGCCCCAUUACAGCUAACUGGAAUUUAAAUAAAAACUUUAAGAAAAUAAAGAGUCCUUCAAGAAAAAAAAAAAAAAAAAAAAGCACAUUGCAGCUCAUAGUGUCGCAUGUGAUGCAAAGGCCCAGGUCUGAAUGUCACCAAAUUAGAGGUUUGCACUUAGAGAAAAACACUGUGUAAAGGAGAAAAAAACCCUUUGGAUUAAAAAAAAAAAAAUCCAUAAAGCUAAAUAAAAUUAAAUCAAAAACAGAAGCCAAACCUAGUAAUGGUAAAGAAUGGUUCUUCCAAAUUUCAGACCACUCUGUCUGUAGAAUAUAGAUCCAUCUCUGUAUUCUAGAAUAAGUGGUCCUGUUGCCCUUUGAGGAGGAGUGAUUUCCAGAAUCCUUUGUUGGGCCCUUUAUUUAUAAUCUUCUCUUUGAAGUGACACCAGAGAGAAGUGUCUUUUUUUCUGAAAUACAGCAAGGGAAAAUUGGAGGAGUGUGGGGCAGUGGGGCUGGUGGGUGAAGAAAGGCUUACUUCUCUUGAUGUAAACAUCCUAACAAGUGCCCAGAAUUCACCUCAGAGUGCCAUGCUGGACGUUUUCCUACCAUCUGGAAGAUUGCAGCCCUGAAGUGGCCUCAGAUCUUCACAUUUGCCCUCUCGGAGCGUCCUCCAGCUCUGAAAAGAGAGAACGUGAAGUGGAGUAAGGAGGGAUGAGAAGGGUUGGAAGAAACUUUGGUUUGGUCCAUUACCACGGAAGCAAGCAAGACAAAACUGUUUUGGAUGGAAUCAUCAGUGAAGCUAGCCCAGUGUCCUGCUCAGGCAGUGACCAAUGCCUUCACAUCUGGACAGGAAGAUGGAAGUUUCCCUUCAGAAGCUCACAGACUGAACCUUCAAGGGAGCAGUAACCAGGAUUCGCCAAAGGUGAAGAGUGUAUGGAGUAGGGCUGGCAUAUGAGAAUGCAGUUUAUGUUCAGGCCACUCUAUGAAGUCCACCAGUUAUCGUUCCCUCUCCUUUAAAAAGUCCAUUGAAACAAAGGGGUGCCUGACUUUGUAUCAGGGGCUGUAUAUUGUUUACUGUCAAAUCCCCUAUAGCUUACGGUUUAGCACUUCACGUAUAGUAAGCACAUAAAUACUAGAUGGAGAGAGGGAUAGACAGUGGGUGGGUGGUAGAUCAAUCAACACUUCACAGUUCUAAGGAAAUCUAUGAAGAAUAGAUCGGGUGGGCAGGCCUCCAUACUUUUGAUGAAUUUGUAUCGAACAUCUGCUGUGUGCCAGGCACUUCUUUUGAUACUGGGAAGACAAAGUCUGGUCAUUGACCUUGGGGACCAUUUUUGCUUCAUUGUCCUGAGCAGACAUCUAUAUUUACCCAUUGGGCUUACCUUCCUUCCCACCCUGAUAUCCAUCCACAGGCAGGUCUUGCCUUGAAGCACUAACUUCAAGCCUUCCAGUUUCCAAGGGAGACACCAUCUGCCAACCAAUCAUCAUUCAGUCACUGUUGUUCUCUUUCCCUUGAUUAAUCAGGAGCCUUGAUUAAUCAGGUCAAAUGCAUAAGGUUAUGUACUUAAUCAGCUUUAAAUUCCAGUAAAAAGAGAGACUAUACCUUCAA